UGCCAAUCCAACGGUGACAAUGAAGACGGAGUUCAAGUUCUCCAACCUUUUAGGGACGGUCUACAGUCAGGGGGACCUGCUUUUCAGCCCUGAUGGGACCUGUCUGUUCUCUCCAGUAGGAAAUCGAGUCACGGUUUUCGAUCUGGUGAACAAUAAGUCGCAUACUCUCCCUUUUGCGCAUCGAAAAAAUAUCACAAGACUUGCCCUUACACCGCGGGGUAACCUCCUCUUGUCGAUCGACGAAGAUGGCCGUGCGAUAUUGACCAAUGUUCCGCGAAGGAUCGCCCUUCACCAUUUUACCUUCAGAUCUCCUGUUUCGGCGCUUGCCUUCUCUCCUUCUGGGCGUCAUUUUGUUGUGGGAGUUGGCCGGCAUAUCGAAGUAUGGCAUACCCCUUCCACUCCAGAUCAAAACGUGGACGGGGAGUUAGAGUUCGCUCCUUUCGUACGGCAUCGAGUAUACACAGGCCAUUAUGACAUUGUUCAGAGACUUGAGUGGUCCAGCGAUUCACGCUUCUUUUUAAGUGCGGCCAAGGAUUUGACGGCUCGAAUAUGGAGUUUGGAUCCCGAGGAGGGAUUUGUACCAACAACACUGGCGGGGCACCGGGAAGGCGUUCUGGGAGCAUACUUCUCCAAAGAUCAGGAGACCAUAUACACGAUCAGUAAGGAUGGAGCUGUAUUCGAAUGGGCGUAUUUACCAGACCCAAAUGCGCCAGAGCCAACAGAAGACGAAGAGAUGCGAGAUAUUGACGAUGAUACCCACACAAGAUGGAGGAUUGCGGAGCGACACUACUUCAUGCAAAACAACGCAAAAGUAAAUUGUGUGGCUUAUCAUGCGGAGACCAAUUUACUAGUGGCAGGGUUUUCGAAUGGUGUUUUUGGCCUUUACGAGAUGCCAGAGUUUAAUAUGAUACAUACGCUCAGUAUCUCGCAAAACAACAUCGACUUUGUCACCAUCAACAAGACCGGCGAAUGGUUGGCAUUUGGCGCGUCAAAGCUGGGCCAACUUUUAGUUUGGGAGUGGCAGUCCGAGUCAUAUAUCUUGAAACAGCAAGGACAUUUUGACUCGAUGAAUGCCUUGGUCUACUCCCCUGAUGGUCAAAAGAUUAUUACAACUGCCGACGAUGGCAAGAUCAAGGUAUGGGACGUCAAGUCUGGCUUCUGUAUCGUGACCUUUACAGAGCACACGAGCGGAGUUACAGCUUGCGAGUUUGCCAAACAGGGCAAUGUGCUCUUCACCUCGAGUCUUGACGGUUCCAUUCGAGCCUGGGACUUGAUUAGAUACCGAAAUUUCCGGACCUUCACAGCACCAACACGCUUGUCAUUUUCCUGUUUAGCUGUUGAUCCCAGCGGUGAUGUGGUCUGCGCCGGUUCCAUUGACUCUUUUGAUAUUCACAUCUGGUCCGUCCAGACAGGUCAACUGCUUGACCGCCUAGCGGGUCAUGAAGGACCGGUUUCUUCACUAGCUUUUGCUCCUGAUGGUAGUGUUGUCGUCAGCGGGAGCUGGGAUCACACUGUUCGAAUAUGGACAGUCUUUGAUCGAACACAGACAAGUGAGCCUCUUCAGCUACAAGCAGAUGUCCUCGAUGUCGCCUUCCGACCCGACUCAAAGCAGCUGGCCGUGUCAACAUUAGAUGGUCAGCUGACUUUUUGGUCGGUCUCGGAAGCGCAGCAGCAAUCAGGAGUGGAUGGACGAAGAGAUGUUUCUGGUGGUCGCAAGAUUACUGAUCGGCGGACCGCCGCAAAUGCUGCCGGUACAAAGAGUUUCAGCACCAUCAGAUAUAGUGCAGAUGGUACUUGUGUACUCGCAGCCGGGAACAGCAAGUACAUCUGCUUGUACUCCGUCUCCUCGCUCGUUCUCUUGAAGAAAUUUACAGUCAGUGUCAAUCUGUCAUUAUCAGGAACGCAGGAAUUCCUUAACAGCAAGCUAUUGACCGAAGCGGGGCCAGAGGGUCUCAUUGACGACCAAGGCGAGGCAUCAGACUUGGAAGAUCGUCUCGAUAAAUCGCUUCCCGGGUCCAAACGUGGUGGCGAUCCUUCUGUUCGGAAACGCAUGCCAGAAGUUCGAGUGACGGGUGUGGCAUUCUCUCCUGCAGGAAGAUCAUUCUGUGCUGCAUCAACCGAAGGAUUACUGAUAUAUAGCUUGGACACUAUGCCGCUAUUCGAUCCCAUCGAUCUGGAUCUGACUGUGACUCCGGCAUCAACAUUACAUGUUUUAGAAAAAGAGAAGGAUUAUCUGAAGGCCCUGGUCAUGGCAUUCCGGCUCAACGAAGCGCCCUUGUUACGGAAGGUCUUCGAAGGCAUCCCGCAUAAUAGCAUCGGCCUAGUGGUUGAAGAAUUGCCUACGGUAUAUCUGCAACGGCUCCUCCGCUUCGUAGCCAUCCAAGCCGAAGAAUCACCUCACCUCGAAUUCUGCCUUUUAUGGAUCCAAGCGAUACUGGUGUCGCAUGGUCGAUGGGUUGGCGAAAACCGGGGUACGGUCGAAGCCGAAUUAAGGACGGUCAGUCGAGCAGUGGCCAAAAUCAAAGAUGAGUUGAGAAGACUGGCAGACGAGAACGUCUUUACGGUCGACUAUCUUCUAAGCCAGCCCCUUGCUAAGGAGGGCGCCACAAAUGGGACGACCGAUAUCCUGAAGAGCAUCACAAAUGGAGAAACCCACAUGGUAGACGUGGAUGAGGAAGAGGAUGAUGACGAUGAGGCGGAGUGGAUAGGUUUAGAUUAGGAAGAUACCAAUCGGAAAGGGUUCAAAAGCAUCUUCCCAUCUCUCGAUUCCAGAAAACUUUUGAGUGAAGGAUCUUGUGUCACCAAGUGCCUGACGCCCAUCCUAACCCGUCAGGAGGGGAAGUAGUUCCACAGUAACUCUCCCUACCUGGCGAGACGGCCACACUAUCUAUCAUCUGGCAUGUAGCAG